AUGGAGAACUUUGAAGUAUCUCAACCCGAGGCCGAUACGCAAGCAGACUUGCCACCCGUCGACACUGGCAAAAGAGCAUGGCUAUUCCUAGCUGCUUGCUUCGUUAUCGAGGCAUUAAUCUGGGGGUUCACUUUCUCUUUUGGAAUUUUCCAAGAUUACUAUAGCACCAACGAACCAUUUAAAAGCUCCGGAGACAUUGCAGUUGUUGGGACAUGCGCUAUGGGAAUCUCCUACAUGUUUCUUCCUGUAGCCUUCGUUUUACUCCAGGCAGUUCCCCGUAUGAAGCUUUUGGCUGCUCCUAUUGGCUUUGUAAUCAUGUGUCUUGCCCUGGCAUUGAGCUCCUUUGCAACAAAUACAACAAACCUCAUUCUCUCACAAGGUGUUGCAUAUGGUGUUGGAUCUAGUCUGGCAUAUGCUCCGACUAUCGUCUUCAUGGAAGAAUGGUUCGUUCGCCGAAGAGGGCUUGCCUUUGGCAUUAUGUGGGCCGGUACUGGUAUUUCUGGUGUCAUUCUUCCCAUGGUCUUACAAUGGCUCCUCACUUCGUACGGGCAUAAAACGGCCCUUCGUGCAUGGGCUGUUGGGCUGAUGGUCAUGGGUGGCCCACUUCUCUACUUCCUGAGACCACGACUGCCAAUUUCGCGCGCAUCACACACCCGACCAUUUGAUUUCUGGUUCGUUCUAGACUCAAAAUUUUUGAAGUAUCAAUUCGGAAACAUUCUCGAGGCAAUGGGCUAUUUUCUCCCGACUAUCUAUCUACCGACAUACGCUCGCAGCCUGGGUGCGAGUAGUAUGGAAGCUUCAUUGACAGUCAUGCUCUUCAAUCUCGCCUCUGUCUUUGGCUGUGUCAUCAUGGGCUCAAUGGUCGAUCGAUACCAUGCAACCACAUGUAUCCUCCUUUCCACGGCCGGCAGCACCGUGGCUGUGUUUCUAAUCUGGGGAUUUUCAACAAGCCUCGCCCCACUUUACGUUUUCUGCAUCUUCUAUGGCCUAUUCGGCGGUUCCUUCAGUUCAACCUGGGCGGCUAUUGUCUCUGAAAUCCAGAAGAGAAACACAUAUACGGAUCCGAGUAUUAUUUUCGGACUCCUGUCCUCAGGUCGCGGAAUUGGAAACAUUGUCAGUGGACCGCUGAGUGAAGCUUUGCUUCACCACCACUCUUGGGAUGGUGUUGCUGCAAAGGCGUAUGGCUCUGGGUAUGGGCCUUUGAUUGUCUUUACUGGGAUAUCUGCGUUGUCAGGUGGAUUAGGGAUUGCUGCAAGAUAUACCUUUCGAUCUUGA